CACCAAACAAAUCGCGAUCAACAGAGAAUAAAAUUAUCAGAGUUGAUCACCUCGAUCGGGCUAUAAAACAUUCUUCAUCCCCCACUCCCAAGUGCAGCCAGGUAAACAUCCCUUCGCUUCAAGCGAGCCGGUCAAAAUCCGCCGUACGGCCACCUUUUCGCCGCCCAUGCCUACCAAGUACCAAAAAUGCAGCACAACAAAACACCAAAGCUCUCCACACCAGGGGUUCCGAGAAAUGGGGCCAGACGGACUAAAUGUACCGUACGACGUACGGGUGAGCCGCAUUGUCGGAGAGGGUGGAGAGGGAUUGUGAUAUAAGAAUGGUUCGGACGCUCGACUACAUAGAUGAUAACAAUUUCUCGUUGUAUCGAAUUCUUCUCUUCGCUUUCACUCGUACUACAUACAAUCCUCGCUCUGUAUUUUUGAUUUCAUACAGAGAAAAAACUUUUCUUACAGUUUUUUCUUUCUGAUAUUCCGAUUUUCUAUUUCUCUUGAAUUGGACCAGACCAGACCAGGAAUUUCGUGAAAGGGACUGGCCAUUAUGGCUCAACACCCCAACGAGACCAAGGAUCAAAAUCAACCCUUGGACCAAGAACCAACAACCUCCUCAACCAUGGCCGAGAAGUCCCCUUCACGCACACCAACACCAACGCCACCACUCUCCCCCUCACCAAGAGACACCUCCUCCUCGCCAAAAGACCCUUCCACCCCCACCCCCACCACCAAAUACCCCACCGGCCUCCCCCUAACACUAAUCUUCCUCUCCCUCUGCACAACGACCUUCCUCGUCGCCCUCGACGCAACCAUAAUCGCCACCGCAAUCCCAACCAUCACCAACGAAUUCAACAGCCUCUCCGACGUGUCGUGGUACAACUCCGCUUUCCUAUUGACGACCUGUGCGUUCCAGUUGCCGUUUGGGAGGGCAUAUACGCUGUUUAAUACUAAGUUUGUGUUUUUGGUCGCGAUUGUGGUGUUUGAGGUGGGGAGCGCGGUGUGUGGUGCGACGGGGAAUUCGUUGGGGUUGAUUGUGGGGAGGGCGGUUGCUGGUGAGUUUUGGGUGAUUUUCUUUGGGUUUGGUAUUCUUUUGGUGGUGGUGCUUGGUGAUGGUUGUAUGGUGGUGAGAUUGAUUGGUGGGCUGACGACUGUCAUUUUAGGUAUUGGUGGUGGUGGGAUUUUCAGCGGAUGUUUUAUCAUCAUUGCUGAGAGUACGCCGUUGAGAAAGAGGGCACUGUUUACUGGAUUUAUUGGAGGAACAUUCGGUAUUGCUUCUGUAGUUGGGCCGCUGAUUGGCGGUGCAUUUACCACUCGAGUGACCUGGAGGUGGUGUUUCUACAUCAACCUCCCAAUCGGCGCCAUCGCCCUCACAAUCGUCACAUUCUUCCUCCCCCGCUCCCUCGGCCGCUCAUCCCAAGACCUCAAAUCCAUGAGCUACUGGCAAAUCUUCAAGAAAUUCGACCCCAUCGGCACAGCGAUCUUCAUCCCAUCCAUCAUCUGUCUCCUCUUGGCACUACAAUGGGGAGGGGGCCAAUACCCAUGGAGCAGUCCCCGAGUCAUCGUGACAUUCGUCGUGUUUGGAGUGUCGAUUAUAGCUUGGGUUGUGAUACAAACGCGACUUGGAGAAGAUGCUACGGUCCCGGUGAGCAUUUUGAAGCAGAGGAGUGUGAUUGGUGCUUGUUGGUUCACGUUUUUCGGGUCGGCGUCGUUUUCAGCUGUUGUUUACUAUUUGCCAAUUUGGCUCCAAGCCAUCCGCCAAGACAACGCCGAAGAAUCCGGAAUCCACACCCUCCCCCUCAUCCUCAGCCUCAUCAUCUUCUCCAUCGCCUCCGGCGGCGCAGUCGUAGCCCUCGGCUACUACACGCCCUUCCUCAUCAUCGGCUCCAUCAUCCUCUCCGUCGGCGCAGGCAUGCUCUACACACUCAAACCCAACUCCAGCACCGGAGCCUGGAUCGGCUAUCAGAUCAUCAUGGGCGCUGGCGUAGGCAUGACCCUCGAACAAUGCAACAUCGCUAUUCAGACCGUCCUCCCAGAAAAACAAGUCCCUGCUGGAACCAGCCUUAGCGUUCUUCUCCGCUCGCUAGGUGGCUCGAUUGCUAUUGCGAUUUGCCAGAAUGUGUUUGAGCGGAAGCUGAGAAGUAAUUUGGAAGAUGUCCUGCCUGGUGUGGAUCUGUCGUUUAUCAGUGGUAGUGGUGCGACGACAUUGGUGCAGAAUGCAAAUCAGGCGCUUGGAGGCGAUGCCGGGGCGGUGGGGAAGGUGCUGGCAUUGUAUAAUAAUGCGCUGGUGCAGACUUUCUUGGUGGCGUUGGUUUUGGCGGCUUUGACGUUCCCGGCUGGAUUGGUGGUUGAGUGGAAGAGUGUGAAGAAGGAGAAGAAAGAGAAGAAGAUUGGGGAUAGUGAGGCGGACCCGGCUGGUCCUGAGGAAGAGGAUGCCAAGACUGAGAAGAUUUGA